AUAUCUUCAAGUAACACAAGUAACACACACCAAUACUGGAGUAAGUGCAAAACUUAUUCCUACUGAAUAAGAAUCAAGAACCCAAACAAUAGUUAAAAUGAGUUCCAACUCCAAACAAACUCAACUUCCCGCAGAGGUACCAAAGGCCGACGAUGCUUAUCUCUCUGCUCUGGUAUUAUGUUUUAGUCGGAUUUUUCCCGCAAUACUAAAUGCUGCUGUUGAUCUCAAUUUGUUUGAUAUCAUAGCUAAAACACAAAGUUCACAUGGUUCAAGCUUAUAUGCAUCUGAAAUUGCUUCUCAGCUUCCUAAUCAACACCCUGAAUUGACUGAUAGGCUCGAGCGCAUGUUGCCUGUGUUGGCCAGUUACUCUCUUCUUAAUUGCUCCAUUCGUAUUAAUGGAGAGGGUAAGAGAGAAAGAGUUUAUGCUCUUACACCAAUUGGUCAAUACUUUGCCCUUGAUAAAGAUGGAGGCUCUUUGGGUCCACUCUCAACAUUAGUACAUAGAGGAUGUAACAGUGUUUGGGGUGAUGUAAAGGAUGCAAUUUUGGAUCCUAAUAUCGAAAAUAUUUUCCAAAGCCUUAAUGGGAGGUCGUUUUAUGAAUAUACGAAGAUGGAUAAAGAGUUGAAUAAUAUUGUUAAUAAGGCAAUGGCCCAUGCUGGACCAUUAGAAAUUAAAAGGGUCCUACAAUUAUAUAAGGGAUUUGAGGGAAUCUCAACAUUGGUUGACGUUGGAGGUGGAGUGGGAGGGACCUUAAAACUCAUCAUCUCUCAAUAUCCUUCAAUCAAAGGAAUUAACUUUGAUUUGCCUCAAGUUGUUCAAGAUUUACCUCCUCAUCCAGGUAUAGUGCAUGUUGGAGGAGAUAUGUUUGAAAGUGUUCCAACUGGUGAUGCCAUUUUAUUAAAGCUCGUAUGCCACAAUUGGUCAGAUGAAGAAUGUGUGAAGUUUUUAAGUAAUUGCUACAAAGCUUUACCAAAACAUGGGAAGGUGAUUGUUUUGGACUAUAUAAAUCCAGAACUCCCUGAUUCAAGUAAAAUAUCUAAGCAUACUUGUGUUAUUGACAACCUUAUGUUUUUAGUAACAACUGGAAAGGAAAGAAGUGAAGAAGAAUUCAAGAGUUUAUGCAAGAAAUCUGGAUUUUCCAAAUUUCACGUUGCUUGCGGUGAUGAUGUAUCAGCAAUGUCAGGGGUGAUGGAAUUUUAUAAAUAGAAGUUACUUAGUAGGAACAUGGAAUCUUGAUAUAUCCUCAACAUUUUAUAAAGUUGUAAAAUAAUAAUACUGUGAUUUGCAAAGAAUAAGCAGUUAUGCCCCACUCUUAGAAAGAUGUAUGUUUAUAUGUUUUUCAUGUGUUCGUAUUAAUGAUUUAUGAGUUGUCAGAUUAAUGGCAAAAGUUUGAUUUGUAACUUUAAAGGAAUAAAUUCAAAAAAUUUCGUAGAAAGUUGUA